AUGAACGAGCUCUGGUAUAACCAGCCUGCAAAGGACUGGAAUGAAGCUCUCCCAGUGGGCAACGGCCGCUUAGGCGCGAUGAUCUAUGGACGCACUGAUACAGAAAUGCUGCAACUCAACGAGGAUUCGGUGUGGUAUGGGGGCCCACAGGAUCGUACCCCCCAAGAUGCUUUGAAGUACCUCCCAAUGUUGAGAGAGGCUAUUCGCACGGGUAACCAAGUCGAGGCAGAGAAGUUAGCUCAUUUAGCCUUCUUUGCCAAUCCAAUCAGUCAACGAUUAUACGAGCCUCUUGGUAGUCUCUUCAUUGACUUUGGACACCGGUUUGACGAAGUGACCGCGUAUCGACGCAGCCUCAGUCUAGAGACCGCCAUCUCGCAUGUGCAAUAUGAAUACAAAGGAACUCAUUUCGAGAGACAAAUGAUAGCCAGCUAUGCUGAUCAAGCCCUUGCACUUCGCCUAUCUUCAUCAUCAGAAGCUGAGUUUAUCGUACGUCUGUCCCGCAUGAGUGACUUGGAGUUUGAGACAAAUGAAUAUCUUGACGAUGUCUUUGCGACUCAUGAUACUAUAACAAUGCAUAUUACGCCGGGCGGCCGGGACAGCAAUCGCGCCUGUUGUGUUGUCCAUAUUGAAUGUCUGGAUGACAAGGGCUCUAUUCAAAAGAUCGGGAACAACCUGGUCGUCAAGUCCUGCCAUACCAUCAUCAGGAUCUCGGCGCAAACCGUCUUUCGCCAUUCCGACCCAGAUCAAGCAACACUUGAAGAUAUAGAGGCCAGUCUUAAGUGCUCAUGGAAUCUUCUCCAACAGCGACACAUAGAGGACUAUCAGUUCUUGUAUGCAAGAAUGGGCUUGCAUUUAGAAUCAAAUACACCCGAUGAGCUUCCGACCGAUCAAAGAAUACAAGCCUUGCGAGACCCUGGCUUGAUUACCUUGUAUUUCAAUUAUUGUCGUUACCUUUUGAUAUCAUCAAGUCGCAGUGGGGACAAAGCACUUCCUGCCAACCUACAAGGCAUCUGGAACCCAUCUUUUCACCCGGCCUGGGGCUCCAGAUUUACUAUCAAUGUCAAUCUCCAAAUGAACUAUUGGCCUGCCAAUACAUGUGCCUUGUCGGAGUGUGAACACCCACUUUUCACGCUGCUGGAGCGUAUGGUAGAGACAGGAAAAGUCACAGCCAAGGAUAUGUAUGGAUGUCGCGGCUGGGCGGCUCAUUCAUGCACUGACAUCUGGGCCGAUACGUCGCCUGUUGAUCGGUGGAUGCCAGCGAGUAUAUGGCCUCUCGGCGGCGCAUGGCUUUGCUAUCAUAUAUGGGAUCACUUCCAGUUCACGAGGGAUAAGGAUUUCCUUCGGCGCCUGUUUCCCAUUCUGCGAGGAUGUGUGGAGUUCCUUGUCGAUUUUCUGAUUGAAGAUGCAUCCGGGACAUAUUUGACCACGAAUCCGUCAGUCUCGCCAGAAAAUUCAUUUUAUGACCAGAAGGGACAGAAGGGUGUCCUGUGCGAGGGCUCUACGAUUGACAUUCAAAUUAUCGAUGCUAUUCUGAGCGCUUUCGAGUUAUGUGCAAUUGAUCUAGAUAUCGCAGAUGCCCUUCUACCGACGGUUGGUGAGACACGCACUCGACUGCCACCCAUGAACAUUAGCGAUUCUGGCUACCUUCAAGAGUGGGCCAUCGAUUAUGCUGAAGUCGAGCCAGGCCAUCGCCAUACUUCGCAUCUAUGGGCGCUUUACCCGGGCAAUGCAAUUACGCCGUCCAAGACCCCUGAGCUGGCGGCUGCAUGUGGAGUGGUCCUACGUCGACGAGCACUUCAUGGUGGUGGACAUACAGGUUGGAGCCGCGCCUGGCUCAUCAACCUACAUGCUCGUUUAUUCGAAGCUGAGGAGUGUCAGAAGCAUUUAGAUCUGCUUCUCUCCCAUUCCACUCUGCCUAAUUUGCUGGAUAGCCAUCCGCCAUUUCAAAUAGAUGGAAAUUUUGGUGGGGGCGCAGGCAUUAUCGAAAUGCUUGUACAGUCUCAUGAACCGGGAUUGAUCCGACUUCUUCCAGCAUGUCCGAAAGACUGGACAGGGAGUAUUCGAGGAGUGCGUGCUCGGGGCGGAUUUAUUUUACAAUUCGGCUGGAAAAAAGGAAAGAUCAUUGGCUCGGUGAUUGUGGAUUCGGAGCGUGGAGAAAAAACCACGAUCUGUUUUCAUGAAAAUGGGAAGCUAGUGGACAUAGACGGGCUUGGUCGACAUGAAAUUGAUCCCGAAUUUCAGUCGCUACACACAUAG